CUCUCUCUCUCUCUCUCUACCUUCUCUCUAAUUUUGGCAAAUCACACCAAAAACAUUGAUUCCAAUUAAUUAAUUGAUUAGUUUUAAUUCAUUUCAUUGGUAAAAACCAAUUCAACACCACCACCAACAGCUCUUCGUUCUUCGAUCGCGAUUAUCUUUGAGGUUAUCUUCACCCGUACAUAUAUUCUACUCUGGCUGAAGUGAGUGCAUAAGCUAUGGCCCUUGAAGGCAUAGUAUCCUCUCCGCAUAGAAGGACACAGAAUGCGCAAAAUGCAUUUUCUGCAUCUGCACCACCAAUAAAAAAGCACUACUCAAAGGGGGAUGAAUUGGAAAGCUGUUCGGGGCUUGUCCAGCGGCAUCGGUUUCUCCUCACGGCUCUUGUUCUCCUGGCGUGUCUCUGUACUAUUUAUCUCUACUUUGCCAUAACUUUAGGGGCUGGUGAAUCAUGUUCUGGGUUGACGGGAGCUGAGAAAGCGUUGUGUCGCGUGGAGCAAGCAAAAGCAACAAUGGCCAAAGGAAAAUUAAAGUUUUAUUAGUAUAUAGAUGACAUCGCAGAAGAUGGUGGUGGUGAUUCUCUUCCCCUAAGGGUUUAAAUUUAAUUUUAAAAUUAUGUUACUAGUAGAUGUUAGAACCUCUCAGGAGCUAUAUAGCUCCUUAGUUUUUAAUCAUGUAAACAUGAAUUUCAGAUGAAUUUUGUUUUUGAAAACUUGUAUAACAACUUCAAACAAUUAUCUUACUUGUGAAAUCCGAAAUUUUGGGUUUUUUUUUUUUUUU